AUGAAUGAUCCUAAUUAUAAGUAUUCCUUUCAGAAGCAUAAUACUGAGGAACAUGAAACCAACACUCAACAUGAUGGAUUGCUUUUUUUCAAUUAUCAAGAAUUCUUGAUUAAUAACUAUAAGCCACUCUACUCGAGUAAUAUUGAGAAAAAGCCUCUUCUAAUCAAUCAUUUUCCUAAUGUUUAUGUCCAUCAAGGUUCAGCAAAGUUUAAACAAACCAGAAUAAUACGAGUGCCAAGAGUAUAUGAUAAAGUCAAACAUUCAGACUUAAUCCCCCAAUUUUCUGAAUUCAUCCCAGGUCAUGAACCUGCGGCAUUGAAUGAUGGAACAGAUUCAUUUGAUCCAAAGGGGUCCUUCGAUGGUAAUGUGUUUGGUUACACUUCUCAAACAGCAUUGGUACCGGAUCUAUUAUCGCAAGAAGACUUCGUUAAAAUUGUCCGAGAAGUCAAUUCUUUCUUGUUUGUUGCUUCUGAUCCCCACAAUAUUCACAAUUUAAUCGAAAAUAUACUCAAUUUGUUCACAGCUAAUUUAUUCUCCAUGAUUGUUAACAAGUAUAUUUUCGAAGGUUACAGGAGGAGGAUGCUACGGGAAUUAGAAGAAUAUAUUGACAAAGUAAACGAAGGCUUUAAAAGAGCUCAGAAAGACUUAAGAGUAAUUUCACCCAAAAGAAGUGGGUUUUUAUCAGUAAGUAUAUUUUAA